GGGGUGCGUGGGGGCGAGGGGUGCGGUGCAAAGCGGGGUGCAGCGCAAAGGGUGGGGCAGGGAAACGAGGGGGUGCUAAAAGCGAGGUGGAGUGCAGCACAGGGCGCGGUUGGGUUGAAAAGGGUGCACGGAGGAGAAGCCUUGGAGCAUCAGCUUCCAGCAGUGAUGGUGCCUGGGGAAAGCUGCAGGAAACGCCGACGUUCGUCCUCUGGCAGACCUGGGCGGGAAGAGGGAGCACGCCGUGUUGCUGGUGGAAAUGAUCAACGACAAACGUGAGCCAUCAAUUAACGCGAAUCACGAGCCUGAGCAGGAACCAGCUAGAAACAGUUCUGAGAAGCUAAAACCGGAACAGUGUUCCCUUAAAACUGGGUCAGAUUCGUCCACCUCCUCACGCCUAGAUCAAUCAACAGCCGUGGUGGGCUGGCACGAACCGUCUCGUAUCUCACCAUUGUACCUUUGCCAGUGGGGGAUGCAGCAUCAAAUUAACUUCUUGCUACUUUGGGAGCGUGCUUGCACUCGCCUGGCUGAAUAACGCUGGCUGGACAGAGGCCUUUCAACCUAUGGAACAGGCUGGUGCUCUGGAAAUGACUGAAGUUGGUGUAAAUUCUUGAUAAAGGGGAGAUUCCUGCUUCCUCCUGAUCGGGACACAAAGACUUGGAGACAUUCAAUUAAAUCUGCGUACCGAGUUAAUGAAUCGUCUCUGCAGUGCUCUGAUAGUGGCAAAUAUCCCCAUCAGGGCCUGCGGGCUGCUGCCUUGGUGCUUUUUUUCAGCUAUUCCUAGCUCGUGUGCCAUGAGAGGAGUCCCUUUACCUGCAGCUUUUUACGGCCCAGCCAAGAUGCCCGCUUGAGAGUCUUGGAAAUUGCACCACCCUCACACUGGGAGGGAGCGUAACGAGGCUUGAGCUGCUUGGCCUGCAAAGGGACAGCAAAACUGCUGCGUGAAUGGGCACCUGGAGCUUUAAAAAUGUCCAAUCAAGCAAAUUGCGUAAGUUACAAUACACCAGAGCUUAUCCUAUUGUAUCCUGGAGAGCAAAAUCAUAUACUGUGGAUACAGCUCCUCCGCAUUUAACUUCAUAAUUGUCUUCCUUGGAAAGACAAGUGUGUCCCUGGAAAUACUUUGCACCUCUUUCCUUCGAGCAGCCGUGUAGCUGGGCACCUGCACUGACCCAGGCUCCUCCAGGCCACAGAAGCACACGAUUUCACAACCCAGCACACGCUAAUGCAGUACCCAGCAAAUGCCCAGAGCUGUGUUUGCAUCCAAGUCAUGCAGAAUUCAACCCUCACAUUGAAUCUGCAGCAAGGCUUUGACCAGAGCGUCUGAAUAUUUUCCAGAGGACAUUAAUCAUCAAAAGGUAAACAUCUUUUACGUUGCUCAGGGAGGGAAACCCAGGCAGACACACGAGAGAAGGGAACUGUUUUCUGUAGAUUUGCUCAAAGAAGCCAGGAAUGCAAACCUUGCUGUACAUACUGGCUGCAGUCCACGCUGGCUACAAGAGUAUUUUUAUACAUGUAUAGUCUAUUUCUAUAUUGGACACAGCUGUUUCUUUCUCAUCCUCUGUGUAUUUAUUUGAAAAAGAUGAACUCGGCACAACUACCUCUUGGUUUAUACUUUGCUGCUGUUCUCCCAUCCCCGCUUCCAACUCACAAUUGGCUGGGCAAAGUGGAUGCAGGUCAGGCUGUCAAAUGAUUUUCUUUUUUUCUGGUCUGCUCCAAUAAACAACAGAGUUAAGUGGAAAGUAAAGAAUGCAUGCCACUAAAUUUUAUUUCAGCUGCUUUAGUGGAACCAUUUCUGCCUGAAAAAAAAAUCUGGUCCAGCUCCAGCACUCCAUAUCUGAUGUCUGCAAGACAAACCAGUGUUGCUUCUCUCUCACAGAGCAAGGUCUACACCUAUAAACCUGUGUUCAUGUGCACUGUGACUGCCUCACUAUGUCACGGUGUGGAAAACUUAACUUUAUCAUGAAUUUUCUACAUUUUUUACACUAUUUUUUUUUGUGUGUGUUUGCAUGCAUAUGUGCAGCAUACAUUGAUGACAGGAGACGUGUACUUAUUGACAGCAUUAAGUAAUGCCUUCUGUCUGACUUAAAUUAUUUUCCCUCGUGUAAUAAGCAGGCCAAGUCCAACUCUCAGGCAGUUUUAUUCCUUCCUCCCUGUCUGUUUCUUGAGACUGAAAAUCCAGCCACCCUAUUUCAUGAGGACGCUCACCGUGGUGGUGUUUAUAUGGAACAACAUCGGGUGCUGGGAUGAGAAAGCCUGUGUUUACAUUCCCCAACAUGCCUCCAGUUCCCUUUGUGACCACAGCGAGUUCCUUAAACUCUGCGGAUCUGCAAUUCAGAGCGAGUAAUUAAAUGCCCUUGGUGUGGAUCUUGGCUCUGUUGGCAUGCUUGGAUGCACAGCGGCUCUUCCGAUAGCUUCUUGCAAGAAGAUGGCAAAAGCAAACAUUACCAGAGACAUCAUCCACAGGCAGAUCAAGGAGAGGGGCGCCCUGGGCUUUGAGCGACACUAUCAUGUCACCGACCCGUUCAUUCGACGCCUGGGCCUGGAAGCAGAACUGCAGGGUCAUUCUGGGUGUGUCAACUGCCUAGAAUGGAAUGAAAAAGGAGACUUGUUGGCCUCUGGCUCUGAUGACCAGCAUACCAUUGUCUGGGAUCCUCUGCACCACAAGAAACUCCUUUCUAUGCACACAGGACAUACUGCAAACAUCUUUUCUGUCAAGUUCUUGCCGCAUUCGGGGGAUCGGAUCCUCAUCACGGGAGCUGCCGAUUCCAAGGUGCACGUCCACGACUUGACUGUCAAGGAAACCAUCCACAUGUUCGGAGACCACACAAACAGGGUUAAGCGGAUUGCCACAGCUCCCAUGUGGCCUAAUACCUUCUGGAGUGCUGCAGAAGAUGGGCUAAUCAGACAGUAUGAUCUGCGGGAGAACAGCAAGCGUUCAGAAGUCCUGAUAGACCUGACGGAGUACUGUGGGCAGCUGGUGGAGGCCAAAUGCCUCACAGUCAACCCCCAGGAUAACAACUACUUGGCAGUGGGGGCGAGUGGGCCCUUUGUGCGGCUCUACGACAUACGCAUGAUCCACAACCACAGAAAAAGCAUGAAGCAGAGUCCUUCGGCUGGAGUCCACACGUUCUGUGACCGGCAGAAACCUCUCCCGGAUGGUGCAGCACAGUACUACGUGGCAGGACACCUUCCAGUGAAGCUUCCAGACUACAACAACCGGCUGAGAGUCCUGGUGGCCACGUAUGUCACCUUCAGUCCUGAUGGCACUGAGCUCUUGGUCAACAUGGGAGGGGAGCAGGUCUAUUUGUUUGAUCUAACUUACAAGCAGCGGCCAUACACUUUCCUCCUCCCAAAGAAAUGCCACACGUCAGGGGAAGUGCAGAAUGGAAAAACUUCUACCAAUGGAGUGUCCAACGGCAUCCAUCUGCACAGCAAUGGCUUCCGCUUGUCAGAAGGAAGAGCACACGUGAGUCCCCAGGUAGAGUUGCCUCCGUAUCUGGAGAGAAUCAAGCAGCAAGCCAACGAGGCUUUUGCUUGCCAGCUGUGGACUCAAGCCAUCCAGCUGUACAGCAAAGCAGUACAGAAAGCCCCCAACAAUGCCAUGCUGUAUGGAAACAGAGCUGCUGCCUACAUGAAGCGCAAGUGGGAUGGGGACCAUUAUGAUGCUUUGAGAGACUGCCUGAAGGCCAUAUCCUUGAAUCCAUGCCACCUCAAGGCCCAUUUCCGUCUCGCCCGCUGUCUCUUUGAACUCAAGUACGUGGCAGAAGCACUGGAGUGUCUGGAUGACUUUAAAGGGAAGUUCCCAGAACAAGCACACAGCAGUGCCUGCGACGCGCUAGACAGAGAUAUCAACGCAGCCCUCUUCUCCAAGAGUGAUAAUGCUGAAGACAAGAAAGGAGGUGGCCCCAUCCGGCUGCGAGCCACAGGCCGCAAGGAUUCCAUCUCAGAGGAUGAGAUGGUGCUGAGGGAGCGCAGCUACGACUACAAAUUCCGAUAUUGUGGCCACUGUAACACUACUACAGACAUCAAAGAGGCCAAUUUCUUUGGCAGCAAUGCACAGUACAUAGUCAGUGGGUCGGAUGACGGCUCCUUCUUCAUCUGGGAGAAAGAAACCACCAACCUUGUUAGAGUGCUGCAGGGAGACGAGUCGAUUGUGAAUUGUCUCCAGCCUCAUCCCAGUUACUGCUUCCUGGCCACCAGUGGCAUUGACCCAGUUGUACGGCUGUGGAAUCCCAGGCCAGAGAGCGAAACCCUCAAUGGCCGCGUGGUAGUGGACAUGGAAGGUGCUUCCCAAGCGAACCAGAGACGAAUGAAUGCGGACCCGCUGGAGGUGAUGUUGCUCAACAUGGGGUACCGGAUUACAGGACUGACCAGUGGUGGGGCUGGAGGCUCAGACGACGAAGACAGCUCAGAGGGGCAAGUCCAGUGCCGGCCCAGCUAAAACAGAACUGCCUCUCCUUCCUCCAAUUGUUUGGCUGAAAGGGAACCUAGUUUCCUUGGUCCUGAACUUUCUCUGAUGAAUGACUGCACUGUAUCGCACUAUGCACAGAGUAGGACAAGCUGGCAGGGGCAGGAGCGGCCGUUUCUUUAAACCAUCACCACCACCUCCUCCUUCUCCCGUCACGCUACUGAGCAGCAUGGCAGUGCAGUCUGGGGUUUGCCUUUAGUGGAAUUUAGUCCCGACAGGGAUCUUUGAGUUGUCUGUAAGCGGUGUAAGCCGGUGACUUUUUCCAGAGCUGCUGUAUGACCUGGUACAGAGCAAUGUUGCCUGCAUUCAUGCAUUUGUAGAGGGGAUGUUAAAUUCCUGAAUAAAAUACAAACCUAGGGCAGGGCUUAUGGAAUGAAUUUACUGCAGUGAUCUUGGUCUUGAAAGCCUGAUUCUGCUCUUAACGCUACCAGACUGUCUAGAGGCCCCUGGCUUUGGGUUGUUGGCCAUGAAAUACCUGUUUUGUCCCAUAAUUUCUUUCUUCUGGCUUCCAUCUCUAACAUAUUGCCAUCAGAUGUGGCUGUGUUGUAUUAAGGACUGGAUAUCGCCUGUCUUUUUCCCUGGGCAUCUGUCUUAGUUGAUGAAUCAGCGAAGGCACUGAGUAUGUGCAGCUCAGCAGGGCAGGAUGUGCUUGCCCAGCUCUGAUGCUUUCUUCUAUGGUCUGUGAACCUGGGGAGAAAGGUGGCAGCAAUGGGAGCAGGUUUUAUCGGAGGCCUAGGACUUGUGUAGCUAAAGCUGCUGAGGAAAGGGGCUGGUAACAGCACUGUCCCAGGGCUUCUCUCUCUAUUGCCCAAAACGUGUGUAGCUGUACUCACCUUCUCUCCAGUGUCACCUGUGCUAGAGCUGAGAUCGUUGCCAUCAUGUCUUUGUUGCAACUCACGUUUUGAGCUUUUAGACAGCAGCUUUUUAUGCAGCCAGCUGCUCUGUCUUGGCCGAGGCGAGCCCUUCCCACCUUGGUGGAGUAACAGCUGAUGGAUUAGUGGUCCUCUCAGGAACCCUCCUUCCUCCUCCCAUUCUCCACGCACUGGCUCUGGCUGCACAGCCAGGACUACGCCUAGCAAUGCAGCACUGUACUUCCAUUCCUUCCCCUCUCGUGUAACAUGCAGCCCUGUUUUCCCCCCUCUUGCAGUUGCCAAACACUAAAUAUCGACUAGAUCUUACACAGCUGUGCUACAACCCGAUCUGAAGAGGUUGUUUUUUUCUAGGACUAUCAACUAAGACCAAAGAGCCCCUGGAGAUCUUAACUGCUCUGCGCUGUCUCGUGUCUCUUACUGCUGAAGGUCUGAACAUGCUAACCUUGGUCCCAGGGGUGAGAUGCGUGUCUGGGAGCGUGCGCAUGUGUGUGUGUGCUGCAUUCAGGCUGUUCUUCCAUGUGGUGCAAUCCCCGGUCUUCCUGUUCCUGCUGUGGAAGGAUGAGAGGCCUUCCCUUCCUCCUCCGGCUGCUUCUGGCUGCCAGGCGUUGAUGAGAGAGACUGCACAGUGCUGGCUGAUCAAGGUAACCGGCUUCCUCUCCCUUCCAGAACAGUCUUUGUGAGAUGAGAGAGCCUUGUGCGAGAGGGAGAGAGGUCACGGAGCCUCGUGGCUGGCAGCGUCUCUCAAAGGAUGCUGCUCCCUGCAGAGAGAGGCCCCCCCAGCUCCCUCCUUGCAGUCGCAGUGGAGCUGACUGGGAUCUGAUCUCUGCCCUUCAGACAACGAGGUCCGGCUGCUCUGUCACCUGUGGGUGAAACCGAGCCAUAGCAAGCCCCGGUCGUGCGGGAGCGUGCCCCUUGCCACCAGAAACGACUGGCCAGAGCUCUGCCGGGAUGGAUGGCUGCUGGCAUCCUGGGUGCUGAGGGCACGGUGCUUGUUUUCACGCAGUACCAGUGCAGGAGGUGCGGCUGCUUGCUCAGUUUACCUGUUUGGUUGUCCACAAGCUCUCCCAAGGCCACCCCGGCACUCAGUGCUCUUCAAAACCCAGAGGUAAAGGAAAAUUCUCACUCGGGUGGCUUUCUGACGUGGUCUGGCCUUUUCUUUUUCGCUUCAGGCUUUCCUACUAGAUGCAUCCUCGUCCCCCUUCCUCCCACUCAAACUUUUUUUUUCAGCUUUCAGUAGACAACGUCUGCAGACUUUGAUUUUUAAACUGAGACUGAGAUGGAAAGCUUGGAAAAGAACAGACCUGUCCCCACCCGUUCACCUUUUGCUGUGGCAGCUAUUUUUUGUUGUUUUUACCUUUGUGAGACAGUGCAGCUCUUUUACCUGCCAGUUGCAGUGUGAAAGCUACAAGAUUCCCUGCCUCUGCAGAGGAUUGCUUUUUUUUUUUUAAUGGCUGCUUUGAUUAAAAAGAUAAAUAAUAAUGGGAGAGAAGGGGAGAGAAAAAUCUUUCUGCCUCUAGCCCCUUUUCCCCUCGUUGCGGGCAGAUUGCCUGCUUUGGCGCUUGUUAAUGAGGAAUUUGUAUUUAUUGGUGAAGGAAAAAACAUGCUGGGGAAGUAGGGAGAAGAUGUUGCUUUAUUGACCUCUGCCGUUUACUUCGACCCCCUCUUCGGGAAAGCUUCUUCCUGCUCUUUCUGGUUAACUCUUUCUAGCCUGGGAUAUGCAGGGAUGCCUCCUUUAUUUUUGUAUUCUAGCAACGGGCUCUCCGUUAGGAGACUCUAGGAUUCGUAGUGUUGCGCCGACCAUUAUUAAUUCUAGCCUUUUCGAGUACUAAAGAUGAUCAUCUCGUAAACUUUGCCCCUGCAGUUGUAGAGGUAACACACAAGCCUUACUGCCCUCGUUAGAAGGAGCAGAAAACUUGUUUCUGUGGUCCCUGGAAGAGAAAGAGUUAAGCAAUUAAACAAUUCUUUGUUCUAGUUC